AUGUGCAGGGUUCUUCGCAGGAUCAUUGUUCAUCAUGUUACCAAGUGCUUCGACGAAACGAUUGAGCGUUUAUUCCGUGAUGAAAAAGAUGCGCAGUACAUUCUUUUUGGGUCAUCUCUGGACAGAUAUCUUUCGGUCGGGAUAAAGAGUGGAGAAUUAAGGUUGACCGGGUACGAAGAGCAGCUACAUUUUAUAAAACACAAUCUUAUCGAGAUCGAGUUAGCGCAAAAACGGCGGAUCUAUUCGAACCAUUACUUAAAGUCGAUUUUCCUCGUCGAUGGCUACAAAAGAGACUCCAACCGUAACGUGUUGCUGUGCGUUGACCAGACACCCAAACCUCAUAAGCAGUCGUCAAUGGAUAACUUCGUCAGUACGACUCAGCAGAUCCCGAGAACGUCGAACGAAAAGACAGACUAUGCGAGCUUCCAUCAGGAUCUCGAAUUUUACCUGAUGCAUUUGAUUGAUGCAAAAGUCGAGGAAUUUACUGUGUUCACACGGAAGUACUACUCAGAGUUGACAAGUUCGUCAUUGCUCUUCGUAUUUGAGGUUGAAAUUUGGUGUCAAAGCGCUGGAAAUAUCUGGAUUACGAGGCAAACAGUCCGCGCACAUCUGUCUUCGUUGAGUAGCGGCGCCGAGGCGAAGAUAGGCAAACACGGAAGGGUAUACUGGAACAUCGUGUUCUCGGUUGAGAUUCAUUUUGGGUUGACAAAGUUCAGAGCACGCAUCAAAUGGAUUUACAAUGGCGUAACAAAAUACGGUUCGGUGCCGAUAAUUCACAACGAGCGGGGACAUAGAUUGGAUGAGGACGAACCAAAUGAUUACCCAGAAGACGACAUGACUCCCACAGGUCCCAAACGAAUAGAAGCGUCCCAGAUUCCCAUACUCAAUCAGUCGACUCGAGCUGCCGGAUCAGUGGCAAAGUCACUCAAGUCGAAAGAGGUUACCCCUUUGUGGUCUCCGAUCAAAAGAAAGUUAACGGAAUUCUCACACUCACCACCGGCUCCGUUAUCAGAGCCUGUUCCGUCUGCUCCUGCCGAAGAGACACCGAUGUCUGCCGUGGACAUGCGAGACACGUUCGAAACUGGCGUUCCAGCUACAGAAGCCGUGCUUGCGCAUGCAGAACCUUCUCCUGCAUUAGCUGAAUAUCUUGAUGAAGCAGCAGCGCGGGAUUCAUUCCCCAACGCAUGGGAGACUGCUGCUGCCAACAUGGGCCCAUGA